ACAUCAGGAUAACAACUUGAAACCCAGGUUAAUUCUUCUUGGCCAAAAAAAAAAAAAAAGGUCUCAAUGUUAAGCGCUAUUUUUGAAAAGCUAAUUUUGCCGGCAAUAAAACCCAGUCUCUUAGAGUUUCAGCACAAUGCAAAGAGCAUCGCGACUGAAGAGGGAGCUCUCCCUCUUGACCACAGAGCCACCUCCAGGCAUCACCUGCUGGCAAAAUGAACACGGGCUAGAUGACCUACGAGCACAAAUUUUAGGAGCUGCUGACACACCAUAUGAGAAAGGAAUAUUCAACCUGGAAAUAGUUGUUCCUGAAAGGUACCCGUUUGAGCCCCCGAAGAUUCGCUUUCUGACCCCUAUCUAUCAUCCUAACAUUGACUCUGCUGGAAGGAUUUGCCUGGAUGUUCUUAAAUUACCACCAAAGGGUGCGUGGAGACCUUCCUUGAACAUCUCCACGCUGCUGACCUCCAUCCAGCUGCUGAUGGCGGAGCCCAACCCUGAUGACCCUCUCAUGGCAGACAUAUCCUCAGAGUACAAGUACAACAGGCAACUGUUCUUGCUGAAUGCCAAAGAGUGGACUGAGAAAUACGCAAGCCAGCAGAAGAGGGCUUCCAAGCCUUUGGAAGAGAAAAUAAACCAAAGGGAAACGAGUAGCAGCGAUGAAUCCACCGCGCAGAAAAGGAAAGGGAGUAACAUCAGCAAGAAGGAGAAGAAAUCUCGCCUGGAUUCCUAGGUGGUUCUUGUUCUGGUUGUGGCCGUCGCCUUUGCUUUCACCGUCCUCUUCUCUUUACACAGGUGUGCCUAAAUAUUUUAACCAGCAUGUAGCUGUAGCAGGCUUGGUUUUUCUAUUUCCUAAGGUUUUGUUGUGAGAAGUUCCAUUAUGUA